AUGUGUCAAUCUGAUAAUCAGAUACACUUCGACCUAAAAAGACUAUCGUCCGACUAUCUUCUGGUAGAAGACACCGGACAGGUAGAGUCCACAUGGAUUUGCUUCCGGAAGAACGUGUCGCUCAGCCCGGAAGUGCUGAAUAAUUAUAUAACGGAUAUUUUAAAGUGCUGCCUGACUCAUAGCGUGGAUUCCUACAAAAUUCAUUUGAACCGAACGAAAGGUGCGAAACUAAUCAAGAAAGUCGCGAAUAGAAGCAAUUACACUGAUUUAGCAAUUCCACAAAUUAUAGGAUUAAUAUGGUCAGCCUUGAGUGUAGUUCAUCAUUUUCACAUACGGAUAAUCCCUGGAAAUUCGUACACAUCUUGGGCAAGAAGAAAACAUUACAAGAAUGCUAUCUCAAUCUACGAAAAAUUGCUACUAAUGCUAUUACCAAAUCUAUUCACUACAGUCAUUCAAGCUCUGAUCACGUUCUUCAACGAAUCCAAAAUUUGGGAAUUGGAAUCAUUAAUUGCGAUUUUACUAAAAAAAGUUCUGGAGAUCUCCAAAGACAAUGAGAAUGUAAUCAAGAAUUUAAUAGAAAGCGAUAACAUCUUGGACGCUCGAUGCGUGUUGAGAGUAAUAUACAGUUUACUUUGUUACAUCGAUUGGAUGGAAAUGGAUGAUUCAAUGGUGCCAAGAAUGUUGGACCUCUACAAGUUAUGCACGGUGAACGAGUAUUACUUCGAUCUCCGUAGCGGUUACGAGGUGUGCCUGAGGACGCUGUUCAACAAGAUGAUGCGAAGGGAUAUUCUGAAGGCUAUUCACAUAAUGCUUGAGUGGACGUUUACAAUGGAUACCAACGAUACUGAUGUUAUUGAGUAUGCUAGUCUCUUGGAAUACGCUGCCAAUUUACGAGACGACGCCGAGGAAUAUAAUCACAGGAUUACGGACGAAAUUUUCCCACUCCUCCUCGAAUUGAUUUCCUCCGUUAAUGUUUACUUAAAUCUACUAGGAUGUAGGGUCUUAUUUUUUCUGCUCAAUAGGAAUAAUAACAUUAUACAACUUAUGCAUCCAAGGCCAUUUUUUAAAGAUGUUAUAGUGGAUAUAAACAUAGGACAAUACAGAGUGAGCGAUAAAAGAUUCCUGCAGCGGUACCACUCGCCCCUUCACAAUAGUCUGAUGAAAGCAGUAAUAAACCACGGAAGCAGCAAGAUCAAUUUGGAAUGCACCUUUGCGUGUAUAGCCUUAAUUAUCGUCGAGGUGCCUUGCGGUUACACGGCCUCUGCGACUGUGUGCCUAGCUAUGGCCCUACAGGAAUACGCCCUAAUGCUAGACUGUUGCCAGAAGUCAUAUAACAUCCACGCUUGCGUCAUGUUCAUUAUGACUUUAGUUUGUUACGUCCACAAAGCUCAUGUGUUUUACGAUUACGUGAAUACAAUUUUAUCGAGACGCGCCCAGGUCGCACCGUUUUUAAAUCCGCCGUUAAGCGUCAUCAAUCGCAACGAUUCAAACUAUUUCAGUUAUAAACAGGAAUUGUUCUUCGAAGAUUGGGAAGCGCGAUACGGGCUUUGGAAGUGCUUCAUAGCAAAAGAACAGGAUUCCGAAUAA